AUGAAGCUUAACGCACUACUGGCUCUCGCAGCUAUUCCUGCCAUACAAGCUGCUCAGCUUGCCUUUCCCGGGGCUGAAGGCUUUGGUAGGAAUGCUGUUGGUGGCCGUCAAGGUGAGGUUUACAAGGUAACAAACCUCAAUGAUAAGGGUGAGGGAUCGCUUCGAGACGCAGUAUCACAGCCCAACCGAAUCGUUGUGUUUGAUGUCGGUGGUAUUAUCAAGAUUUCUGAGCGUAUCGUCGUAUCGAAGAAUAUCUACAUCGCUGGCCAAACUGCUCCUGGUGAUGGUAUCAUUGUCUAUGGAAAUGGCUGGUCCCUGUCUAAUGCUAACGAUUCCAUCGUACGAUAUAUCACCAUCCGCAUGGGCAGAGGCGGAACUUCAGGCAAAGAUGCCAUUGGUAUCGCUGACGGCAAGAACAUCAUUCUCGACCAUGUCAGUGUCUCGUGGGGUCGUGACGAGACUUUCUCCAUCAACGGUGACGUUACAAACGUCACUAUCCAGGAUAGCAUCAUUGCUCAGGGCCUUGUCUCCCAUUCUUGUGGCGGCUUAAUGCAGACUGAUGGCGGAGUUAGCUUAUUCCGCAACUUGUACAUUGAUAAUAAGACUCGAAACCCUAAAGUCAAGGGUGUUAAUGAUUUUCAGAAUAAUAUUAUCUACAAUUGGGGAGGCGGAGGUGGUUACAUCGCUGGAGGUAGCGAGGCUGACAGUUAUGUUAACAUUGUUAACAACUACUUCAUCUCUGGUCCCGAAACCAGCGUUACUGCCUUUACACGAGGCAACAAGUACUUCCACGCUUAUGUGAAGGAUAACUUUUAUGAUUCCAACCGCAAUGGAAAGCUCGAUGGUGCUGCACUUUGCGAGAAGACAACCUGCUACUCUGAUAUGGACCUUGUCACGACCCAACAUGAGUACCCUGCCCCUGCCAAACUCCUUACGGCCGAGCAAGCAGUCGAGGCCGUCCUCACUGGUGUGGGUAACUCGCUGCACAGAGACAGCGUUGACACAUCCCUCAUUAAUGAGGUCAAGUCGUAUGGCAAGACCGGCAAGUUAAUCUCUAACGAGAACGAUAUUGGUGGCGUUGGAGAGAUCGCUGGUGGUGACGCCCCCAAAGACUCGGAUGGUGACGGCAUUCCCGACGAGUGGGAGACUGCAAAUGGCCUCAACCCCAAGGAUGCUUCGGAUGGCAUGAAGAUUGCGUCAAACGGAUACGCAAACCUUGAGAACUACAUCAAUUCUCUUGUGAAAUAG